GUUGCCGUGAAGUAGUUGUGAAGUGCAUGCUUACAAGGGCAUAAUAGACAACACUGCAUCAUUACGCAGGCGCUGCACACCUACCGCGUUAAGUGAUCAAGCGCGCGACGACAUCUCCGAGCGCUGCCACACCUCUGAGACGAAAAGCAGUGAUGCGCAGCGCCAUGCUCCUCUUCGCCUGCGCUCGCGCGCUGCGCUACGCACGACCUUCAAGACGACCGCUCACCGCAAGACGCCGCCAGCGCGUCGGCGCCUCCGACGAAGCACGGUUAGCGCUGAAGGAGUACAGCGAGUUCGGCCAGGAGCCGAUCCCCGAAAACACCAGUGAGGAGGACGUAACACUAACGGGAGACGCGGCUGUGGUGAGACGAGCUGUUUCUAUACUCGCACCCUACGUCUCGGACGAACGAAGGGACACGUUCCAACGAGUCGUGCAGCAACGAACGAGGCACCUGUCCGUGGCCUUCGAGAGACCGUCCAAUCCGUCCAAUGUGUGGGCCUGCCUGAGAACUAUCGACGCCUUCGGGUGUCAAGAUGUCCACAUCGUCGAGGAUUCGCUGGAGGAGGCGGCGAAACGCGCGGCGGCACGAGGCGUGCAUGCCGAUCCCACCCAAAGGAUGCGUGGCCGCAAGAAGCGCAUGACCUCGGCGAUGGGCGCCCAGAAGUGGCUGUCUCUGGAAGCUCAUGCUGAUGCCCAGGCGUUGGUCUCGAAGCUGAAGAGCGAGGGUCGCAUCGUCGCGGCCACAGAUUUAUCUCCAGGGGCGGUCGACUUUUCGGAGGUCGAUUGGGCUUCUGGUAAACAUGCGCUGGUCUUCGGGAACGAGGAGGUCGGCAUCUCCGACGAGUUACGAGAACUGGCUGAUGUCAGAGUGAGAUUGCCCAUGCGGGGCCUCGCGGAGUCGCUGAAUUUAAGUGUCUCGGUCGGGGCUGCUUUAGCUCACGUGGAUGCGAAGGGAGCCUUGGUGCCCGAUUUGACCGUGGAGGAGCGGGAUCUGUUGCUGCUGCGCUGGUCAUUGCUCUCCGUGCGCGCGGGCCGCGAGUUAUUGCGACGGGAGGGCGUCGAGCUCGACCAGGGCGUUCUCAAAACGCGCGCGAGCGUGCUAGGGUUUACUACCUAGGUUGUGUUUCUAC